AUGGACUCUCAUGGGGUAUUGCCGAAUGGACUCAUGAAUUAUGGACAAACCAGAUCCCACGAGCGACAUAACAUCACACAAGAGAUAAGCCACAUUAAGGCUGAGGCAGGCUCCCGACUCUUCGUCGGAACGAACAUAACAUAUGAAGGAGCAGCGCCGAAGAAAGAUGAGAUCUUGAACUGGCUCGAUCCAGAAAAUCUAAGAAUCUCUCAAUACAAAGAGCAUAUUAGGCAUCGUGAAGACCGAGUGGACGAUACAGGAGAAGACUUUCUCAACGGUGAUUUCAAAGAAUGGGCGUCCUCGAACAAGAGAUUUCUAUGGUUGAGAGGACAAGUUGGGUCCGGAAAAACUAUAAUAUGCUCGCAUCUGAUCGAGAAUAUUCCAAAAAUCUUGAAAAUCAUCCCUCCGGGAGUCACUUCAAACAAUGCUCACUUAGUCGCCUAUUAUUACUGCUCAUUCAGCGACAAUUCUACCUUCGAUGUUGGCAAUUUUCAAAGGUCAAUCAUCGCACAGCUUCGAGAAAAGUAUGGUCUUCUGCCUGAAUUGAAAGAGCUAUAUGAUAAUUGUGCGCCAUUUCCUCCUUCGACAGUCCAGCUAACAACAUUGCUUCUGUCAAUUAUCAGCUCACUCGAAGGUUCCUCCGCCAUAUUGACGAAUUCAGAACAAAACGAAGCCUGUCGGAGUAUUACUUUGGUCAUUGAUGGAUUGGAUGAGGUCCCCCUUGGAAAGCCACGGGAUGGUUAUCUUCAGUUUAUUGAGAAGCUGUCCUCGAUCCAAAAUCCGAACUUCAGAAUUGUCAUUGUGAGCCGUGAGGAGGGGGAUUUAAAAGCAUCCUUCCCAAAGGACCAAUGGAGAUGGCUCAUGCGAGAUGUUGCACACGUAACCAUUGAUAUUGAACAAUUUGUUCGGGCACGAAUCUCCAAUCAUAGGAGACUUAACUCUCAGUCUACCGAGAUCAAGAGCCUGAUCUCUCGAAGACUUAGUCAAGGCUCUGAGGGAAUUUAA